AUGCCGACCAAAUCUUCUGCGAGUUCAAAAAGAGCCAGGUCUCGCAGAGAAUCUGAAUUGAAAGAGGGAGCUAUUAAGACUAGGAAAAUAAGUCACGAAAGUGUGGUUGAUGAGAAUACCCUUGAACAAGCUUUGGAAUCUGAGAGUUCAGAUGAAGAAACAAAUUUGGAAAUAAAAAAGUCACUUUACUUGGAAACAAUUCAAAGAUCAAGGUUAGAUUUUGAUUUUGAAAAGAUUUGCUCUGUUUCCCUUUCAAAUAUUAAUGUAUACGCGUGUCUUGUGUGUGGCAAAUACUUUCAAGGCCGUGGCGAGUCAUCACACGCAUACUUUCAUUCAGUGGACGAGGAUCACCACGUUUUUAUCAAUUUCAAUACCCUUAAGGCUUACAUUCUUCCAGAAGGUUACGAGGUCACAUCUAGCAACUUGGACGAUAUAAAAUACGUUGCAUUUCCUACUUAUACUAAAGAGGAAGUUGCUAAUGUCAUAGACACUAAACCAUUUUAUGAAAACCGUUAUGAUUUAAAUCAUCAGUUAUAUGUUCCAGGGUUCAUUGGAAUUAAUAGCAUUAAGCAAAGUAACGAUUAUGCUAAUGUUGUUAUUCAUGCAUUAGCUCAUGUUAAGCCUUUGAGAGACUUUUUCUUACUCAAGGAUUUUUCAAAAGUUCAUAAUACUGAUUCUAAUCAGUACCCAGAACUAGUCAAGAGAACUGGACUUUUAUUUCGCAAAUUAUGGAAUCCUCGAGCUUUUAAACCACAUGUAUCUCCUCACGACUUGCUACAAUAUUUUUCUUUAUUGAGUAAAAAUAAGUUUACUCCUGAUAAACAGUCGGAUCCAUUUGAUUUGAUUAACUGGUAUCUCAACACAUUACAUCUUGCCUUGGGGGGCUCCAGAACCAAGUUUCACUCAAGUAUAAUACAAGAAACAUUUCAAGGGAAGAUGGUUGUUUUGUCAGAAAAGGUAUCCAAGAUAAAGCCGAUAAUUAAGGAUAGUCUUUUAAACAAAGAUGAAAAUAAAAUAGAUGUGAUGAAGAUUCCAUUCAUGUUUCUAUCUCUAGAUUUACCUCCGGCACCAUUGUUUAAAUCAGAUCAUAGAGAUGCACAAAUUCCUCAGAUACAAUUAACCAAGUUGCUACAAAAAUAUGAUGGUAUUACGACCCAGGAACUUGCUGGUCACAGGAAACGUUACAAAAUUGAAAAGCUUCCCCCAUAUCUGAUAUUCCACAUUAAGCGCAUUUCAAAGGAUAGCGAGGUGAACAAGUUUAAUCCUACUGUUGUUAGUUUUACUCCACUAAAGCUUGACAUGAGACCUUAUGUGCAGAAUAUGGAAGGUGCUAAUAGCGAAUUACCAAUUUACUACAACCUGAUUGCUAACAUUUCUCAUGAAGCCAACACCACAGCACAGGGCGAAGAUCAACAUUCGUGGAAGGUUCAACUAUUGAAUAAAGCCACUAGAGAAUGGUUUCAGAUUCAAGACUUGGACGUUUCAAAAGUUCGACAAGAGCUUUUGUUUUUAAACGACAGUUACAUACAAAUUUGGGAGAAAGAAUGA